CUACGCUAAACUCAGGGCUCAUGGUCGAAUUGUGUGACGCCACGGCCGCGGGGCGCUGCGCAGCAAAGCUGCGCUUGCACCAUUUCAAACUGUCUUGAGACGAUACGACUGCAAAAGUCAGAACCCGCGCGAUGGAUUCGAGCUGUCGUCGAUGCGGUCCAAUCCCAAGUUGGCCAGCGAUGUGCACGCUGAUCUACCCCGCUUGGGGGCGUUGGCAGCUCCAGCACCACUGCGAAACCAAGCUGCUGCAGACGGGAAUGUGUGAUGAUUUAUCAUCUGUACCCUUGCUAACGACCAACCAUAUGCACCGGGAGGUCAAGAUAGCGAUAGUGCCAUCCGGGAGUGAAACGACCGCAAGGGAGUCUUUUCAUCGCGAGCAAACGAUCAGCCUUCAGGUGAACUCAGAGGAGAUGCUUGGCUCGCUGUAUUCAGCCGGCUGGCUUCCAAGCUGGCUCCCGAUUCGUCACAUCUGGUUGGCUUGUAGGGCUGAUUGGCACUAUGGAAUAUUGCGAGGUUUGCAGAGCGGCAGAGAGGCGACACAUAAUCAACUGACACGCGUGAAUUCGCCCGAUAUGCAAGAUGCUGGAGCUACCGCUCCAGAGAAGGUUCAAGUUCAUCAUGUGGAAAAUCAGAUGGGUCUAGGUAGCAAUUAUGACGCAGAGGCUGAGCCGUGAGCGAACAAUCAAUCAAGCGAGUCCUCAUGGAUGAGAAGCUCUUUGCAUGUCUUCUAGAUAUGAUGAACAGCAAGCAUGCGUGGAAAGACUUCAGAACGUCAAUAUCAGCAAAUCAGGAGCAUUACACAUGGGGGAGCAGUGGAUUUUUUUGAACUUCAAUCGGUAUCAAUUACUACAAAAAAUGUGCUCCUUGGUAUACAGAGAGUAAUUAAGAAACGGCGACGGAUUAUUAACCUCACUUAGAAGGUGGGCUCAUCACACCCAUGGUCAGUACAUGUCACUAACCACAUAUGCCGUGAAUCUUUCUCAUAUGCAUCCAUGCAUCGUAAUUUACAUUUACUCGUCGUCCUCCUCCUCUGCAGCGCGUGCGGCGAGGACGUAACGCUGAGUUCCGUG